CAUGACGUGUACAGGAAAUGUCCAGUGGAAUCACAACACUACACCAGAAGUCGCUGUAUUCUUCCUCGUAUCGCUCAGUUUCCGCUGUUUAACGUCACUUUUCCAAUGGCAGCGGGUUAAACCUUCCUCUGUCAAGCGGCAUUUGUAUAAAUCUUCAACAUCUAACGAGCAGCGACAUGAAAACAGGAGGCUGCUCGCUGGAGGAGCUAACAGGAAGCGGCCGGGAGCUAGCGAGCGGCUGUUCGGCUGCGGAGUGAGUGAAACUGAGAACGACGUAUGACAAGAGGACGAGCCCAAUAGCAAUGAAGCAGCUGGAAACGUGUCCUGUGCAAUUAGCCAACAGCAUGUGACACAGAAACUCUGCUCAACCCCCAAAAUCAGUUGGUGUCAAUCAAAAUGCCUCGUCUGGACGAGUUGGCCAACGUGGUCCUCAGGGUGCCGAGCAUUCUGCUGCUGGACCUGCUGUACAAAUGUGACAUUGAAGGUUUGACAGAGCAUCUCAGGGCCAAAAAUGAAGACAUGCUCUUCAAGUACAAAUAUGUCAUCUGGAACAUGUACUACCUGGGUCACAUGAUUAACGUGGUGGUGUUGGUUCUGCCUUUGAGACACAUUGUGACGCUCUACCUCCACAUCCUCGCUGCCCUCCUCCUCUACAUGGGGCAUCAGAUUUCCAAGGACUAUGUUCGUGAAGAGCUCCACUAUGGUUUUGAAGGAGCAGUGUACCUUGAUUCUCUGGCCUUCAACAGAUUUGUCUCUGCAAUGACGAGUCAGAUUAUUCUCUGCACGCUGUGUGCCUUCCUGAUGAAGACAAGGAAGGUGUGGCUGUUCUCAGCCCACAUGCUCCCCCUGCUGGCCAGACUCUGCGCUGCUCCUCACGCCACGCUGCUAACUGUCAACACGUUCGCCAUGGGACUAACCGGGUCUGGGAUCGCCAUGUUCCUCCUCUCUCAUCUGUUCGUGCCAUACCGCCUCGCAAGGGCCGUCUAUUCAGAGCUGCUUCAGGUGGAGGUGAUUGAACUGUACAGACUCCUGGCCGUGGGAAUCUCUCUGUGGAACCAGUUUGCCGUCCCAGUCCUCUUCAGCGUCUUCUGGUUUGUUCUGUUCAUCGUUCAGCUCUGCUCCGACACCAUUUCAGGCAACGCGGCCUCAGCAGCCAAUCAGGGGGUCUUGUUCUUCCUGCUCACAAGUGUGUCUGAAUGUUGUGCCACGCCGUACUCUCUCGUGGGUCUGACCUUCGUGGUGUCAUAUCUGGCUCUCGGGCUGCUCAACCUAUGCAAGUUGUACCUGGGAGGUUACACAGCAGUUCAGAAUGAGAACGUCAUGCACAGGUCAGAUGUUUAUACUUUUACACUUUCACCAGUUACAGGCACCCUGCUGAUCUACUCCCUCUUCAUGGUGGAGCUGUUUCGCAGCGACCCGAUUGAGAGUCUGGACGAAGUGAUCUACUGGGUGAACGCCGUGAGCCGGGUGCUGGAGUUUGUGGUGGCGCUCUGCGUGGUGGCUUACGGGACCUGGGAGUCGCUGUUCGGGGAAUGGAGCUGGAUGGGCGCCUCUGUCAUCAUCAUCCACUCAUACUUCAACGUUUGGCUCAGAGGUCAGUCCGGCUGGAGGAGCUUCCUGCUCAGACAGGAAGCGGCCAAGAAGAUCAACUCCCUCCCCAGAGCGACGGCUCAGCAGCUGCAGCAGCACAACGACGUCUGCUCCAUCUGCUUCCAGGAAAUGAGCUCCGGUGUGAUCACAUACUGUCGACAUUUCUUUCAUGGCAACUGCCUCCGCAAGUGGCUGUACGUGCAGGAGACCUGUCCCAUGUGCCACCAGACGGUCAGGCCCACCCCGCCAGGUCAGAGCGAGGCUUCGGGUGACGCUCCAGCAGGGAGAGACGCGGGAUCAGAUCUGGCUGCACAACAUGGGUUUCAAAACCCAGACACCAAUGCACCGCAAGAGACUCACGGUGACGAUGCAAAUCCUGAUUCCGUCGAGCAGCAGGAGGAGAGGGAAAUGUCAGAGGGAGGAGCUUGUGACAAAGAAAAUACAGGUCAACCAGUUGAACAACAAAGAGAGGUCGCUCAGGGACUUCGGUUCAGCUCCAAUGGAGACUUCGUUGGUUUUGUCAACCCACUGUCAAGCUGGUCUUCAGGGGAGCCUUCUAGUUCCCAUGUGCACCAAGGUAAAACCUCCCCUCCCAACGUGCACAGCCCCAGUGAGGAGAACGUUACGGACCCACCACUGCCAUCGACUCCUCAUGACAUGAAUGAGAAUACAAUGGAGGAGCAAUGUGACCCUAACGGAGCAGGACUUGAAGACGGUGCUAGUUUUUGUCUUAGAGGGACACAAAAUGGCAGUGGUAGUCAUGACGGCUGUGAUGGGACACAUCCAUUGUGUAAAGACCUUGAUUUACCAGAAUUAAACAAUGCUGAUAACGAAUCGAGAGGCCGUCUCACGUAAUACGAGCCUUGUUCAUUUGUGAAACCUCCCAUGAAGACUCAGAGCUCUGGAUAACGGUACACAUGCAGAUUCUGAGAGGCUGAGCCUGUCCCACACAUCCCUCGGCGGCCCCCCCCGGGACGCCACCUUCUCUUGCACAAGCACAGAUCUCAGUGACUGACUGCCCUGCAUCAGUGCCUUGACGGGUCUCAGAGUGGACCAUGUUGACCCUCUCUCACGGAGAAUAAAACACAUUUGCCUUCUCUCUGUGAACCAAUAGAAAACAAAUCUGUAUCUGGUACCAGACAGUGUAAUGAAUGUGCUUCAGUUUGGUCAUUAACGUGCAUCUGGAUUUAAUAGGGACAUGAAAUCUGGUGAAAUGAAUACCAUUGUUGUACAAUUGUAAGAAAAUAUAGAUUAUUGGAACAUGUUUAACUAUCAAGAAAUUACCUUGCAACAAUAAUUGAGCAGGUUACAAGGAAAAACUUUACUUCAAUUAAACUGAAUUUUAUUUAUUUUUAUUUAAUUUUCUUACGUAAAGCAUUUUUUGUGAAAGCAAUGUUGCAAAAAGGAAAAGCUUCAGCAGUUCAGCUGCAGAAUCAGCCUUUUGUACUGCAAACGUUCUCUGUCUCCCAGUAUUAAAUCACGGCUGUGAACCUUUUACUUUUCUUUUUCUUUUUUUUUUUACUGUCGGCUCAGUGUUAAUAAAAUCAUGACUGGCUCACAGUGAGGCUGACAGAACAUUGUGUCUGUAGCUUUCAGCCAGGACCGUGCAGAUGAAACUUCUGGUUUGUGCAUUAGAAGAUGAUGCAGUGUUUUACAACACAAGUAUCAUCAUCAUAAAAAGCUCAUUCUCAUGGUUGUUGAAGGACAUAUUCUCAAAACAGAGCACCUUUUAAAAACUUGUAUUUUUGUUGAUAGCUCAAACCUUUUUUAAAAUCUCCUCCUAAACACGCAGUUAAUUAUUUUCUUUUCAUUUUUGUAGAAGAAA